AUGGACGACGCUCUGGCCCAAUUCAGCAGCAUCACAGGUGCAGAUGCUGACCGAGCAAAAUUCUUUGUGGAAGCUGCAGGCGGAGACGUAACUCAGGCAGUGAGCGCUUUCUACGAGUCUGGCGGCAAUGAUGCCGCAGACGCUUCCGUUGCUGGCGAAGCCCCCGUUCAAGAAGCGCCCAGCUCGGGACCUCGAACUCUAUCUGGUGCUCCGGCUGAGCCUUUGCCAGCUGGGUGGGGAAGUAGCUCUGCGCGCAGUGGAAGCGCAUCCAAGUCCGGUGGCGGAUUCAGUGCAGGUGGAGGUCGAGGAGGAAUCUCAACCUUGAGGGAUCUGGCUGGCUCGUCAGCCAGCUCGGGUGCAGGUCGUCCAGGUCUAGGCGGGAUUCGUAGGGGACAGGACUCGGACGAUGAGGAUGACGGACCACCGGACCUGUUUGCAGGAGGUGAAAGGAGCGGAUUGAGCGUGCAGGAUCCCAACGGCGCGCGAAGAAGAGGACAGGGUUCGGCUCCUGACGUUGUUGGCGACAUCUUGAGACAGGCGGCUGAAGCCAGCGCUCAGCGAGGUGGCGACGAGCAGCCGACCCUUCCUCGAACAGGCGGUCAGACGCAAAGUAGCUUUGGAGGCAGAGGCAGGACCAUCGGCGAUUCGGGCGAUGACAACACCGAGACAGCCGGAAAUACACAAUCCCCCACCGUGGGCAACGACGAUGGGGACGAAGAGGAAGAGGACGAUGAUGAUGAGCCAGUCACGCGCAACUUGACCUUCUGGUCGGAUGGCUUUAGUGUGGAAGAAGGUCCCUUGAUGCGCUACGACGAUCCUCAGCACGCAGACACUCUUGCACAGAUCAACGCUGGACGCGCACCAUUGAGCUUGCUGGGUGUGAGAUUCGGUCAAAGAGUGGAGCUCAGAGUAGCCAGACGCACAGAGGAAAAGUACACGCCGCCUCCGCCUCCUCCUAUGCGUCCAUUUGGCGGCGCCGGGAACAGACUGGGCAGUCCAGCUGCAACAUUCACGGGAAUAGGGUCCAGCGUGCCGGGAAGCUCCACCGCCACUGGAUCGACGACGACGGCCGCUCAGCCAUCAGGAACCAAUGCACCUUCUGCUACAAGCACACUGUUCCAGGUGGACUCUUCCCAGCCAACCACGUCGUUGCAGAUCAGACUCGGAGACGGGCAAAGGCUGACCGGACGCUUCAAUCAUACUCACACGGUUGCUGAUGUCCGAGCAUACAUCAAUGCAUCCUCCGCUGGCAUGGCAGCCAGAUCUUACGUGUUGCAGACGUCUUUCCCGCCCAAGCCAAUACAAGAUGAAAGCGCGACGUUGAAAGACGCCAAUCUUCUCAACGCAGUCGUCAUCCAAAAGCUCACAUAG